UCACUAGCAAUGUUUAGAUUUUGUCUUCCACAUGAUUUUGAUUUUCAGAUUUGUGUUAGCCUCUCUCUCUUUUUUUCUUUUCCUUGAUAAGUUACCUGAUGAUCCUUUCAUUGAUUCUUAUUGAACCUCCUUAACACAAACUAGACUUCAUUACCCAAACUUACAUUGCAUUACCUUUACCAGUAAAUUCAGUGCACAAAGAUAAAAUUAAUGCUAUUUGCUGAUUAUUUUACCAGGGAUGGAGAGGUUUGAAAGUUCUUAGUUCAUUGGAAAGAUCAUCCUGAUUAUGAUUCUACUUGGAAUCUGUUAGGCUGUUAGCGAUUUUCAGAUUUGAUUUUUAGAUUUUAUCUUCCACAUGAUUUUGAUUUUCAGUUUCAGAUUUGUGUUAGGCUAUUAGCAAUGUUAAGUUCCUAUGUUAGGUUGUUAGCUUUGAUUUUCAGAUUUGUGUUAGGCUGUUAGCAAUGAUUUUCAGAUUUGAUUUUCAGAUUUUGUCUUCCACAUGAUUUUCAGAUUUGAUUUUGACUUCCACAUGAUUUUCAGAUUUGAUUUUGUUCAGUUUAAGUGAUGUCUGGAACGGGGAGUACGGAAGCAUCGUCCGCUACCGUCUCAAUUCUUAAAAGGAAGUCAAAUGAUGUGGGGUGGGAGUAUGGGAUGCUAAUUGAUCCCAAGAAUAUGGACAAAGUCAAAUGCAAGUUAUGCAGUAAGGUGAUGUCUGGCGGUGUUUACCGAGUUAAAGAACACAUUGGCCACAUUUCUGGAAAUGUGUCUGCAUGUCCAAAAGCUUCUCCAGAUGAUAGAGCCAAAUGCAAGAAUGCAAUUGAGGAGGCAAGGAAUAAAAAGAAGAAUAAGAAAAAGGAAGAAGAUCUGAUGAGAUCAACAGUCAAUAUUUCUGAAAAGGGGGAAGGGAAUGGUGAUGAUGAAUCGCAAGAAUUAGGGAGUAAUAACCCACCUCGCACACUUGGCCCUAUGGAUAAAUUUGCAAGUUCUAUCAGCCCUGAAGCUGGUUCAAGUGUAAAAAUGACACAAAGACAACAAAAUAUCAAUAAAGCACUCUUUAAAGAGAGGACACAGACAGUCCGUGAAUAUUGUGCUAGGUGGGUCUAUGAGCACGGUAUUCCUUUCAAUGCCAUUGAUAAUGACAGUUUCAAGUUGUUUGUUGAGGCAGUUGGUCAAUUUGGGCCAGGCUUCAAUCCUCCUAGUCAAUACCAAUUGAGGGAAACAUUGCUAAAGGGGGAAGUUGACAGGAUGAAAGGUUUGUUAAAGAAGCAUGAAGAAGAGUGGGCAAGAAAUGGGUGCUCCAUUAUGACAAAUGCUUGGAGUAAUAGAAAAAGAAGGAGCAUCAUGAACUUAUGUGUUAAUUCUAAUGCAGGUACUGCUUUCCUUUCUUCUAAAGAAUCUUCAGAGGAGGCACAUACAAGUGAACUCAUUUUUGAGUAUGUGGACAAAUGCAUUGAGCAAGUUGGGCCACAAAAUGUUGUCCAAGUGGUAACUGACAAUGCUGCCUGCCAACAAUAUGGGAGCGGCAAAGUUAUUAAAGGUGAAGAGACCCAAUAUCUUUUGGACAUCAUGUGCUACUCACACCAUCAAUUUAAUGCUUGAAAGCAUUGGAAAACUGCCAAGGUACAAAAAAGUCAUUGAUCAAGCCAAGAGUUUGACAAUCUUUAUUUAUGCACAUCAUAAGACCUUAUCCUUAAUGAGGUCAUUUACAAAGAAGAGGGAUAUAGUGAGACCGGGUGUCACUAGAUUUGCUUCUUCUUUCCUUACUCUACAAAGUUUAAUGGAGAAAAAGAGCCAAUUGAGAGCAAUGUUUACUAGCUCUGAGUGGGAGGAGUGCAAGUGGUCAAAGACUGUUAAAGGGAAAGCAGCCUAUGCAACUGUGUUAAGCAUUGCUUUCUGGAAUGGUGUGACUAUAUGUCUUAAGGUUUUUGCACCUUUGGUGAAGGUGCUUCGAAUUGUUGAUGCAGAUAAGAAGCCUUCUAUGGGCUUUUUAUAUGGAGAGAUUAAUCAGGCAAAAAAGGAUAUUAAGGAGGCUCUAAACAAUCUUGAAAAGAACUAUUUGCCUAUUAUGGAAAUUAUUGAUGCAAGAGUGAAAGAUAGGCUAGAUAGUCCAUUGCAUUUUGCGGCUUACCUUUUGAAUCCAUAUUAUUUGUUCAAAGAUAUAGAUAUGCAAUUUGAUAAUGAACUGAUGGAUGGGUUUUUUAAUGCUGUGGAGAUGUUUUUUUAUGGUGAUGAUCGCAUGCAAGGGCAUAUUUUAAAUGUUGAGUUGCCAAAAUAUACUUGCAAAGAGGAGUUUUUGGAAAGUCAUGGGCAAUUCAAGGGUGUGCAACAAAUGAUGAUAAUUAUAACCCAGUUAAAUGGUGGAUGACUUAUGGAAAUCAAACACCAAACUUGCAACGAAUGGCGAGAAGGAUCCUCUCGUUAACUAGUAGUUCAUCCGGUUGUGAAAGAAAUUGGAGUACUUUUGAAGGGGUUAGUGCAUAUUUUAAAGUGUUUUCAAUAUUUUAAUCAAUUAGUUAUCUAUCAUUUAUAUUGAAUUAUUGAUAUUGCUUUCAUUUUCUUUAUGUAGAUACAUACGAAAAAAAGAAAUAGACUAGAUGUUAAUCGAUUGAACAAUCUAGUCUUUGUCCAAUUUAAUGCAAAACUGAUGAACAAGCAAAAAAGGGAGAAGGAGAGGAAUGUUGAUGUGUUACUUGCUAGUGAUGCUAGUAAUGCACAAGGAUGGAUCGUUGAUGGAGAAGAUGAUGAAGAAAUUGAGCCUGGUAUGGGGCUCACUUGGGAAAUGGUUGGUGAAGCUUCUGGAGCAGACGACAUGCUUCAACCUCGAAGAAGUUCUAGGAUGAGAGAACUUCAUGAAGAUGAUUUUCAAUCAGAAGAAGAAGAUGAACAAGAGCAUCAUGAAUUUGAUUUUGAGUCUGAUGAAGAUCGUGUGCUAGAAGAAUAUGGAGAGGAAGAAGAAGAAAUCCACUAAGAUAACUAGAUAUUACUUAGAUUCUUCAUAUAUGUUUUAAUGUUUAUGUUGUAUUAUUGUUGUUUUUGUCAUCUUGACCUCAGUACUAAUCUACAACAGUUUGUUUUUAAAGUUUUUUAAUGUUUAAAUUCAUUAUUUCACUUAUUAUUCCAACUUUGGUUUACUUGAUAUCAAAUUGCAUCAAAAAAUUUAAAAAAAAAACACUAUUGUCCAAGUCGCUGCCUAGGCCCCGCCUAGGCGCCCUAGGCGCUAGGCCCCAGUCGGGCGCCUGACUAGCGUCUAGCGCCUUUUAGAACACUGAUCAUAUGUAAUUUAUGCACAUCUUGUCAUAUCUGUACAUAUAUUGUUGCAUCGGUAGUCAUGAUUUUUUCUUGACAUGAUAUUGUUGGUAUAUCGAUAUUUGUGUCGGGAUGGGAUGCCGUCCUGAUAAUGUAGCCGUAAUUCCCCAAGGGUAAUGAUGGAACAACGUUCGGGAGUAUCUCGAAAGCAGGUCGGGAUUAUUAUCGGGGGUUCCAUACUGAGCAAGAGGGCCAUGGAAGUUACAUUAGGGCAAAUGUUUGUUCAUGUAUUUGCAUCAUGCAUUCAUGUAUCUGUUUUUAAACCCUCACUAGAAGAUUCAUCUUCUAAUUGGGUUAUGUCCUUGGAACAUUCAAACGUUCCAGAUAGGACUUGUAGCUUAGGCAUGUAAGUGAUUGAGAUGUGACGGCACGUGAUGACAUGUCCGAUGGAUUCAACAUAUUGUUCCGGUAUUUUGCUUCUUCAGGAAGAUUCGGUUAUGUUUUUGUCAAGUUUCGAUUUUAGCUUCCUUAUUUAUGAUGAUUAUCUGUCUUAGCUUAUUGAUUCUUGUUUUGAUAUGUUGAGAAGGUAGAACGGGAUUGUCGGGAAAUGAUUUAUAUUGAGUUUAUGUUGAAAAAAAAUAUAUAUUCCCUUAAAUUCUUAAAUUAUUUAACGCUCGGGAAAUGCAGGGCGUUACAACAGUUUAAAAAAAUCCUUAUAUGGUUUGAAAGAUUUAGAAAAGCGGUAAAAGGAUAUGGUUAUACUCAGAGCUAAGCAGACCACACAAUGUACUUUAAGCACUCUGGUGAUGGAAAGAAAGCUAUUUUAAUUGUCUAUGUGGAUGAUAUAAUAAUAACUGGUGAUGACAGGAGAGAGAUUGAAGAACUUAAGAGGAAACUAGCAUAUGAGUUUGAGACCAAGGACUUGCAAGAUCUAAGUAGGGAAUCUUUGUCAACCAACAUAAGUAUGUCCUAGAUUUACUCAUUGAAAUAGGAAUGCUUAGGUGUAAGAUAGAUGAAACUCCCAUUGAACCUUAUUUGAAGCUAUAACUUGUCGAAGCCAAACAUGUGGUAGAAAGGGAGAAAUAUCAAAGGCUUGUGGGCUAACUCAUCUAUCUGUCCCACACUUGACCUGAUAUAGCAUUUACAGUAAGUGUAGUAAGUCAAUUUUUGUACUCACCUGGUUCACAACAUUUUGAAGCUGUCUACAGAAUUCUAAGGUACCUAACGAGAACUCCUGGAAAAGAUUUGCUCUUCAGAAAACAUGGACAUCUUCACAUAGAGGCUUAUACAGACGCAGACUAAGCAGACAGUAUUAUUAAUAGAAGAUCUACAUCGGGAUACUGCACCUUUGUGGGAGGUAAUCUCAUCACUUUGAGGAGCAAGAAACAAAACGUGGUGGCCAAAAGUAGUGCUGAAGUUGAAUUUCGUUCAGUUGCCCACAGGAUUUGUGAGGUUAUGUGGAUAAAGAGACUUUUAGAGGACUUAAGGGUUUCCACUCCCUUACCAGCUAAGGUUUACUGUGAUAAUAAAACUGUGAUUUUCAUUGCCCAUAAUCCAGUACUCCGUGAUAGGAUAAAGCAUAUAGAAGUGGAUAAGCACUUUAUUAAGGAGAAAAUUGAUAAUGGGGCAAUUUGUGUGCCCUAUAUUCUAACAGUUGAUCAAGUCGCCGAUGUUCUUACAAAGGGGUUACACAAAAAUCAAUUUGAAAAAAUAGUGAGGAAGCUUGCCAUGGAAGAUAUAUUCAAGCUAGCUUGAGGGGGAGUGUAGAAAUGUAAAAAAUGGGGACAAUGGAUCCAUAUUUUAUGGGAUCCCACAAAUUGAGGAAACAUGUAUCCAUGUUUCAUGGGUUACAUGUUUCCAUAUUUUAUGGGUUUUACUUUUCUAUCUUUUGGUGUGUAUAUAAGAUGUUGUAUGUAGAUUAGAUUGUAAGAGAAGAUAUCAUUGUAUUUCAUAUUAUUUUGUUUGGUUAUACUUUGUUCUUUUUUGUACUUGUGUUCGAUACUGCUGCAUUGUUCCAUACAUAUUAUAUUUAAUUGUCCACAACAUUAGCAAGUGUCUUGUGCAUUUUAUAACACGGGAAUUGAUUGAGAACAUAAAGGGAAAUACAAUUAAAAGGGUUGAUGUAGAAAAUCACAUAUUUGGUACGCACAAGUUUGGCUUCUAUGCCCGCAGAUGAUUUUCCACAUAGUGUCUACAUUUGAAUUUGGCAUAUUAUAAUGAUAUAUACACACUUCACAUUAUCUUUUUUGCCAGACAUUUUUAUAGAUAUAUGUGCAUGUAUUUUAUAUCCUCCUUGUCUCCCUAGUAUUAGCUUAGCUCUCACCUAGGAGUGUGUGCAAUUCAUUUUGAGUGGCAUACUUUCUUUGACAUGUAUCAACAUGGAUACUUAUUAGACAUGUCAAGUUACAUGUCUUAAUUUUUUAUUAUUAUUUUUAUUAUUCGACACUUCUUUGACACAUGAUAGACACACAUGUCGAUAGAUUUGACAGGCUAAGGGCAAGACGGAGUUUUUUAAACAUUUUUCAGUUUGAAAUUUUCAGAUACAAGAAAUUUUUAGGUGAAAAAUAAAAAAAAUAAAAUGAAGCCUAAUUACAACUCCAAGAAGAGUGGUUCCUCUUUUUUUUUAUUGUAUGUUAAUGGUGUUUAUAUUGAUUAUUUAAGUUGGAUUAAUGGUAUUCAAAUAUGUCCAUAUGCUACUAUUAUUUUUUUUUUAUUGGUUGAUAACUUGACGACUUCUUGUCAGAUUAGUGGUAUUUUUUUGACAUGUACAUUAAUGUUACUAACAAAAAAUACAAAAAUAUAUUAUUUGCUUGUCAUAUCCAUAACAUUUUAUUCCGUGUCCAUUUCCAUAUCAAUAUCUGCACCAUUGCUUCUCAGGCUUUCACUAACCAUUGAUCUCAAGCAUUUUACUGUGUUCUACAAUAUUCUCUCUAUCUAUCAUCUCCUAACAUCAUUAUUUUCUCAAAAGUUUACCUGUUUAAGUUUUGACAGUCCUAUUAAUGUGUUUUUUGAACAGCCUCUCGG